AUGGGGAUGGAGGUGGCCCCCCGCAAAUCGGAGGCAAUGUUUUUGCACCGUGGCGGGACGCCGCCUCCAUCCUCUAUUCGGGUAGCGGGACAUCUCGUCCCGGUCGGGUCGAGGCUCAAAUAUCUGGGCCUCACUCUGGACGGUCGGUGGUCCUUCGAGAGGCACUUCGAGGACCUGGCCCCCAGGUUGGAGCGCGCCUCGAUGGCUUUGUCGAGGAUGCUGCCCAACCUGAGGGCCCAUCGGGAAGGGUGCGGCGCCUGCUGGUGGGCGCGAGCCUCGGAGAGGAGGUUGGCCGCCAGGGUUGUCCGCGCCUACCGGACGGUGUCGCACCGGGCGGCGCUGGUCCUGGCCGGCAUUCCCCCUCUGGCGCUGGCGGCCGCUGGAUACGCCGAGUCGUACCGGCGGCUGCGGCGCCUGAGGGAACGGGGUGUUGCGGUCACGGCUAGGGCGCGCGAGGUCCUGAGGUGGCAGACUCGGCGAUCCGUGUUGGGGAGUUGGCAGAACCAACUCCUGACUGACGGCCCGGGGAAUACCUCGGGUCGGCGGGUCGUCGGGGCUCUUGGUCCGCGGCUGUCCGAGUGGGUGGACCGCGGCUGGGGCGAGUUGUCCUUUCGGACGACGCAGGUGCUCGCCGGGCAUGGAUGCUUCGGCGAGUACCUGUGUCGAAUAGGGAAGGAGAGCGGGCCACGUUGCCACCAUUGUGUCGCGGAUGUGGACUCGGCGGAUCACACAGUGAUGCGCUGCCCGGCGUGGA